CGACCAUCUUGUUUCUGCCCCUGACAGAGUCUCCUGUAGCGGUCACUGGGGCGCGAAGACUGUUGUGUGGACGCUAUCUGACAAUGCUGUCCCGGGUGGUACUUUCUGCCGCCACCGCAGCAGCUCCCUCUCUGAAGAACGCAGCCCUCCUCGGUCCAGGGGUAUUGCAGGCAACAAGGAUCUUUCACAAAGGGCAGCCAAGUCUUGCCCCUGUACCACCUCUUCCUGAAUAUGGAGGAAAAGUUCGUUUUGGGCUGAUCCCUGAGGAAUUUUUCCAGUUCCUUUAUCCUAAAACUGGUGUAACAGGACCCUACGUGCUCGGAACUGGGCUUAUCUUAUAUUUACUCUCCAAAGAAAUGUAUGUGAUAACUGCAGAGACCUUCUCUGCCAUUUCAGUAAUAGGGGUGCUUAUCUAUGUAGUUAAAAAAUAUGGUGCCUCUAUUGGUGAAUUUGCUGAUAAACUCAAUGAGCAAAAAAUUGCCGAACUGGAAGAAGUGAAACAAGCUUCCAUCAGACAAAUCCAAGAUGCAAUUGAUCUGGAGAAGUCACAUCAGGCACUGGUUCAAAAGCGCCAUUACCUUUUUGAUGUCCAGAGGAAUAACAUUGCCAUGGCUUUGGAAGUUGCUUACCGGGAACGACUGCAUAGAGUAUACAAGGAGGUAAAGAAUCGCCUGGACUAUCACAUCUCUGUGCAGAAUAUGACACGUCAGAAGGAACAAGAGCACAUGAUAAACUGGGUGGAGAAGAACGUGGUACAGAGCAUCUCUGCGCAGCAGGAGAAGGAGACAAUUGCCAAGUGCAUUGCAGAUCUAAAGCUGCUUGCAAAGAAGGCUCAAGCACAGCCAGUUCUGUAAAUGCAUCUGUCCCAAUUGAGACAGCUAGAAACAGUUGACUGACUAAAUGGAAACUAGUCUAUGUGACAAAAUCUUUCUGUAUUGCUCUAUACUGAAGUUAGUUUCCCUUUCCUAAAAAUGAAAAGUUUGAGUUUCAUGUAAUGAGAGAAUUAAAACAAUCUAUUGGCCAGGAAGAUGUUUCUCUCAUCCUUCUUGCUCUGCAUUUUGAGUUGUUCCAUGAUCACUUUUGAAUAAGCAGUUUGCUUUGAAUAAAGUUUGGUACCUGACUAAAAAUUGUCAAGUUAGAGUUUAAAUUUGAAUUAAUUCAGCCAUCUUACAAUAAAGUGACGGUUGAAACAAA